GCGGAGAACUCUUGUCUCCUCAGCAACCGGCCUAGAUAGCCAAGGCUGCGCCUCCCACAUCACGCCCUGCUGGUCUUCCAUACCUUCUUCAUUCUUAACCUGCUUCAGCCUGGCGGAGGAGCUAAGCUCUCCAUGCCUCUUCGCUGAGCUAACGUAUCGGCGGAAGGCUCCCCUAGCUUCUUUUUUCUUCCACACUCCACCCAGAAAUUGUCUAGCGAGGAGUGCUUUUCUCUCUCUCUCUCUCUCUCUCCCCCCCCCCCACUUCCCUUUCUUUCUUUCCCCUCUCUCCGCUUUCUGCUAGUCGGUGAAGACUGUGGGAAAUACCCCCAUUGCUCAGCUCGCUUGAAUGGAGAGCGGGGAAGAUUGUUUUUCUGGCGAGGGUCGCUGAAUGGGGGAGACGGGGGUAACCGUGCAGCCUUUCUGGAAGGGUCGCUGGGCGGGCAAUAAGAUUCGCUGAUGAUUCCCGACCAUGGGCAAGGACCAGGAACUGCUGGAAGCGGCUCGCACUGGGAAUGUGGCUUUGGUGGAAAAACUCUUGGCUGGCAGAAAAGGAGGGCUCCUGGGCAGUGGAUCUGGACCUAUUCCUUUAUCCAACUUGCUGAGCAUCUGGCGUGGACCAAAUAUAAAUUGCACAGAUAGUUCAGGAUACACUGCUUUACAUCAUGCAGCUUUGAAUGGUCACAAGGAUGUAGUUAUCAAAUUACUUCAAUAUGAAGCAUCCACUAAUGUGGCAGAUAAUAAAGGGUAUUUUCCUAUACACUUGGCUGCUUGGAAAGGAGAUGUAGAGAUUGUGAAGAUUCUUAUCCAUCAUGGGCCAUCACAUUCCAGAGUGAAUGAACAGAACAAUGAAAAUGAAACAGCUCUGCACUGUGCUGCCCAAUAUGGACACUCAGAAGUGGUUGCUAUUUUGCUUGAAGAACUUACAGAUCCCACAAUAAGAAACAACAAAUUAGAAACUCCACUGGAUUUGGCAGCUUUAUAUGGCCGACUGCGGGUGGUGAAGAUGAUAAUCAAGGCAUAUCCAAAUCUGAUGAGCUGUAACACAAGAAAGCAUACUCCUUUACAUCUUGCUGCACGUAAUGGUCAUAAAGCUGUGGUACAAGAGCUGCUAGAAGCUGGAAUGGAUGUCAGCUGCCAAACGGAAAAGGGGAGUGCAUUACAUGAAGCAGCUUUAUUUGGAAAAGUAGAUGUUGUACGCAUUCUUUUAGAAACAGGAAUUGAUGCCAAUAUAAAGGACAACUUAGGCAGAACAGUUUUAGAUAUUCUGAAAGAACAUCCAUCACAACAGUCACUUCAAAUUGCUGCAUUGCUUCAAGAUUACACAGAAAAAGGAAAUUCAGAAGUUCCAGAGGAAUCUAUAGAGGAAUAUUUAGUAUCAGAUCAACAGUCCAGUGUUUUAUCCCCAGAAGAUUCUCCUAUACAAACAAGUAAAAGUGAAGCUGUGACUGGUGAAUUAUCAAAACUAUUAGAUGAAAUCAAGCUGUGCCAAGAAAAAGAUUAUUUAGAAGACAUGAGCCAUACUAUAUCAGAUGAUUAUCUGGAUGAUGCUAGCAAAGUAUCAGAAGAAGAAGCAGUAGCAAAUGGAAACCGAGCCAAGUCUAAUAUAAGAUCAUCGUCUACAAAUCUGGAACAAGCAGAAGAGGAAGAAGAGGGUGGAACUGAAAAUAGUUGUGGACCUACAGGUUUGUGGGAAGCACUGACGCCUUGUAAUGGAUGUAGAAAUCUUGGAUUCUCCAGUCUUACUCAGGAAGCCUUUCCAAAGAAGAGGAGUGCUACACUGGAAGCAGUGCCAUCUGUUUCUUCAGAAACAUUUCCUGUAGAAAAUGAGAAUGGUCCCUGUGAUUUUCUUGAUACAACAGUUACGAAGAAACCUUGUUCUUUAGAAAUAACAAGAGGAAUUUCAUCAAAAAUAGAUAAUGCACCUCAAGUAGCAAUUAUUGCACCAGGUACCGGUAACCAUAGAAACAGUUCAACAGGCCCAACACCUGACUGCUCUCCUCCAUCACCAGAUACUGCACUGAAAAAUAUAGUAAAAGUUAUACGACCUCAGGCCAAGCAACGUACAUCAAUAGUAUCAGCUUUUGAAUUUAACCGAUUAAAUCAGAGCCACGACUAUUUUGAAAUCAACUCUUCUGUAAGAUACGCAAGCUUUAAUUCCAGCUCUCCAGUUAGUCCAGCCAACUGCUCCACUGUGUCUGUUGAGGACAGCAUUGAAGAAAAUAACAUACCAGGAACCCAACAAACAUCCAUUGACAGUGAUCAUCUAGAAGCACACCCUUUUGAGCAGUUUGCUGGCCUUCUUCAUGGAUCAUCACCUGCUUGUGACCCACCAGAAAAUCCACUUCACCUCUACAGAAAAAUUUGUCCAAACGAUGAUUUGAAUCAAAAAAUUAGUUUGAACCUCAGUAUUUUGAAUCCACAACAUUCUCUCCAAGAAAAUAGCACUGUUCUUCUGGUUAAAAAGAAAAAGCCACCAAUUUUAAAUAGAACUAUAUUCCCUUCUAAAAACAUUCUAGGAGAAGCUAACACAUUGGCUGGUAUCACAAGAACUGGAGAUCAGUGGGUAGUUAAUGCUGCAGGAAUUGUAGAACGUGCUUGCACACUUGGACGAAUACGAUCUUUGCCAAAGACACUUCUUGACAUUCAUUUAUCCAAAUACAUUUCUAAAUCAGACUCAAAUCUUGUUUCUAAUGAUCACAAAGCAAGACAGAAUUGGAACGAAUCUUCAGCUAUCCAAGAAACCUCUAGAAAAAAUUCUGAAAGAACACCAUCAUUUACUUCAGAAUGGGAAGAAAUUGAUAAAAUAAUGAGUUCCAUUGAUGCUGGUAUAACUACUGGACUUGAAGAGAUUAAUGAUGGUACUACAACACCCAGAUGCCCUGUCCAGACUGUGGGACAAUGGUUGGAAAAUAUUGGGCUACCUCAGUAUGAAAACCACUUGCUGGCCAAUGGAUUUGACAAUGUACAGUUUAUGGGAAGCAAUGUUAUGGAGGACCAGGAUCUUUUGGAAAUUGGAAUACUUAAUUCUGGACACAGGCAAAGAAUUCUACAGGCAAUUCAGCUUCUUCCAAAGAUGAAACAGACAGGCAGUGAUGGCUACAAUCCCACCUCUGUAGCGGAAUGGCUAGAUUCCCUGGAACUGGGAGAUUAUAUCAAGCCCUUUUUGAUAAAUGGCUAUACAUCAAUGGACCUUGUAAAGAAAAUAUGGGAUAUUGAAUUAAUUAACGUUUUAAAAAUCAGCUUGCUUGGACAUAGAAAACGCAUUUUGGCCUCAUUGGGAGACAGACUUCACGAAGAGCCACCUCAGAAACCACCACGUUCUAUCACCCUCAGGGAACCCAGUGGUAAUCACACUCCUCCCCAGUUGUCUCCUUCGCUCAGCCAAAGUACUUAUACUACUGGUGGCUCCCUGGAUAUACCACACAUUAUCAUGCAGGGAGAUGCAAGGAGAAGAAGAAAUGACAGCUAUUUUGAUGAUAUUCCUCGGUCAAAACUGGAAAGACAAAUGGCACAGCAGUCGUCUGUCUGUGAAAUAUGGACCAACCAGAAUGCAGGAUAUCCUUACUCAGCAGUCCAUCAGGUUCAUAAUACUGGAGAUUGGGGUGAACCAUCUAUUACAUUGAGGCCUCCUAAUGAAGCUACAGGAUCAACCCCAGUACAAUACUGGCAGCAUCAUCCAGAGAAACUCAUUUUCCAGUCAUGUGAUUACAAAGCAUUUUAUUUAGGUUCUAUGCUGGUAAAAGAAUUAAGAGGUACAGAAUCUACACAAGAUGCCUGUGCAAAGAUGAGGAAGUCUACCGAACAAAUGAAGAAAGUUCCUACUAUUGUUCUAUCUGUCUCUUACAAAGGAGUAAAAUUUAUUGAUGCAACAAAUAAGAAUAUUAUUGCUGAACAUGAGAUUCGUAACAUUUCCUGUGCCGCACAAGACCCCGAAGACCUCUCAACAUUUGCUUAUAUUACAAAAGACUUGAAGACAAAUCACCAUUACUGUCAUGUGUUCACAGCCUUUGAUGUGAAUUUAGCCUAUGAAAUAAUUCUCACGUUGGGACAGGCAUUUGAAGUAGCUUAUCAACUGGCACUUCAGGCUCGAAAAGGAGGCCAUUCUUCAACACUUCCUGAAAGCUUUGAUAGUAAACCUACCAAGCCAAUCCCCAAACCACGUGUUAGCAUCCGAAAAUCUGUGCAGAUAGAUCCCACUGAACAAAAGACUCUUACCAAUCUACCAUGGAUUGUAGAACCAGGACAAGAAGCUAAAAGAGGAAUUAAUACCAAGUAUGAAACCACAAUUUUCUGAUAAUGAACUGUUCAUCAUUUCUUGUUGUGCCUUGCACUCAAAGCAGUCACAGCACAGCCUUUCCAUGAUAAGCAACUCUUCAAUCUAACAGGGAGGAAGACUGCACUGAGUGGCCUUGAAACUAGCAAAAACAUAAAUAUAUAUAAAUAAAUAUAUAUAUAAAUAUAAAGGCUGCUGGUCAUUUCUGGUGAUUGUUCUUCCUGCAGCGUUGACAGAAGAAUGACAUGGGAUGAAGACUUUUCAAAGAGCCCACAAGAGGAGUGGGAGAUAGUUUUCGUGCACGCAAUUUUCUUAGAACUUUGCCACAGUGCUUUCUUUGAUUUCAUAUUUUAAUGUUCUACUUUUACAAAGGUCUCUAACAUUAAUGCUGCUUAGUAAUACAAUGUUCAGUUAUAGUUGGGUUUCUUAUUUGGCAAAUUGGACAUUGAAACAGACCCAGAUUAUUUAAUACAAUAUUUGAGAAAUUAUGAAAAUCCUAUAAUUUUUGUUUUAAUAUGUUUAAAAAAUAUUAGCAAGUUAUUAAUUUCCUUCAUUUAUUAGUUGCUGUUUUUUGUAAACUACAUGCCAUUUAAUCAUCUGAAGAAAAGAGGUUCUAUAUAGCAGUGUGUUAAGAUUGAUAAAUGGUUUUAAAAAGAGGAAUUAAUAAUGCAUGAAAAUGCACCUUGUAUUAAAUAUUUUUGUGUGACAGAGGAAAAAUUAUAUGAAAAAGUGUGAAUAUUUAUGAUAAAGAAAAACAUUAAUUAUGAAGAGAAUUUGGAUUUAAUUUGAAGUUAAACUGCUGCUGUACUGUUUGCAACAGUGGUAACAGUGGUGUCAUCUAUAAACUGGAUGCUUUGUACUUUGGAAGAGUAAAAUAAAAGCUACCCAGCAAUUGCACUAAGGUACAUGCAACUGUACACAGUUUUUCAAGUUAUUAUAGCCAUGCAUUUAAGCUUAUCAAUGUUUCAAAGAUGGUUUUAAUCCAACUGGAAUUUUUAUUAAAUUUUCUGUCGCAGCUGAUUUUAAUGAAAAAGUUCAAUUCAAGAGAUUUUUUUUCUAAAUAAAAUUUAAAAAAAAUCCGAAGUAAUACAUUGUUUCCACAAAAUAACCUGUUGAGCACUGGCUUAACAUGGAAUUUAAUGAAAUUUGCUUAGUUUUGUUUCAAGUAUUUUAAUUUUUUAAUGUCUUCGUGGAGUAUUUGUACAAUAACAUUUAUGUAUAUUUCAGUGGAACUGAAUAAAUUACAGUAAAAAUAUUGAUCAUAGGCGAAAAACAGCAUUUUAAAUGUAUAUUCUAUCCAGUCAAAAUUGUGAGUCAUUUUGGACAUCAUUAUAGAAAUAUUUAUGAAUAGUGUGGUUGACUUCAAUGUUUUUUAUUAUUCUUUCAUAUCUAACUGAAAAUUCAGUUACGCUCAAUGGAAUUUUUAGCAAAAUUGACAAUGAAACUCGAUUUAAAACUGAAAAUUGUAUAUGGUUUAGUUGAUCCUAAUCAUAGCGCUGGAUGACAAGAAACCUUUUAAUACAAUAUACUUGAACCAAUUAGUUCCUUGUAUAUAUUUUGCCUAUCAUUGUUGAUAUGUAUGUAGUAGGCUGAUAUUAAACAUUGAAAAUAGUACCCAAAGGAACAUUGUAUAGGAACAAGCAAAUAGUAGCCUCACUGCAACAAA